AUGUCUGAUAAUAAUGACCGUUUAACAGCAUGUCCAGACCUGUUCUAUGGUUGCCAUCGUUCUUCUCAAAAAAACUAUAACAUUUCCGAAAACGGAAAACGCGACACCCGCGACACCCAAGCUUUGGGUGGAGACGGAGAAUACAAAUCAAACAUUGCCAUUUUAAACACCUAUGGUGAAAAGUUUAUAAGCUUGAGCCAUAGAGUUGUUGGUGGUGACCUUGGUCAUCAACAUCAAGUUGCAGCUAUCAAAUGGCAAGAUAUGGAAAGUGCAUUCCAGGAUAGUGUUAAAACUGGAUGUGUAAUCAAUCUUAGACACACCGAUUUAAAAGCUUUUUUAAGAGAGGCUGAAAAUAUGGCUAUAGAGAAGAUCCAACAAUCAAUGCAGGAGCAUGGUAGCUUAAAAGUCUACACCCAGCUACUCUGCAGAUUUGAAAAUCAUAAAAAUGAUGCUGUUGUUGUAGAAACAAAGUCUUUUCAAACUAAGGCUUCUACAAUAUUAGCUAACACAGAACUGCAUGAAUGGUUCCAAGACAAUGUUACAGAUCAACUGCUGAAAAAAAUUGAGGAUUUUAAUGAGAAUCAGUCUGGAUGGGAGGCUAAAGAAGAUGAUGAAAAAGAUCCUAGCAUAAUUGUACCGCUAUAUCUAAGCUCAAAUCUUGACUGUCAAAAAGACACUAUUCACUUACUUAUGAUAGAAACAAAUAUUACUUUAAAUGAUGACGAUGAUAGUAUUGAAAACCAUAGACCGAUAUUUCAUUUUGCAUUCAUUAAAAAUCUGUCACGUCUAGUAAAAAGUAGCAUCACAAAAGGAAAAACAAAAUUAUUCUUUUGUGAUCUAUGUCUAUGUCAUUUUAAACUUGAAAGUUCUUACCAAAGGCAUUACACUGAU